CUUUAUUCAACUAAUCUUUAGUCACAGUUAUAAUCAAAUAUAUAAUGAUCAAGAAAACCAAGUUAUUCAUCACCUCCCACAAAUUCCCAAUUCCAUCACAACCAUUUCCCAAAAAAAAAAAAUGGCCCUAAGACAAAGACAAUUGUCAAUACCUGCAUCUCCAAAGGCAGAAAACGACGUCGUUUCACUGAUACAACCGAGCACCGUCCCGUCCCCGCAGACGGUGCUCACACGGGCCUUGCAGAGCUCGGCAAACCUGGCGAACCUCCUCCCGACGGGCACCAUCUUCGCCUUCCAACUCCUGACGCCGAUCGUCACCAAUGGCGGCUCAUGUGAGACAACAACAUUGCCGGCGGCCCUCCUGGCGGCCCUCGGCUUCUCGUGCCUCUUGGCCUCCUUCACCGACAGCCUUAAGUGCUCAAACGGCGACGUUCACUACGGGUUUGUGACGAGGAGGGGGCUGUGGCUGCUGGACAGCCCCGACGCGGCGGUGCUGCCGGACCUGAGCAAGUUCCGGCUGAGGGGAAUGGAUGUGGUGCAUGCUCUGCUGUCGCUGGUGGUGUUCGCGGCGGUGGCGUUGAGGGAUAAGAAUGUGGUGGGCUGCUUCUAUCCGAUGCCGCGGAAUGAGGUGCAGAAGCUUCUAGAUGUUGCUCCGGUGGCGGUUGGGUUCCUUUGUAGUUUGUUGUUUGUGGUUUUUCCGACCAAGAGGCAUGGCAUUGGUUAUCCGGUCACCAGGGAUUCGUGAUUUGAUUUUGUUAGGUUGAUUGUUUGUGCGUUCUAUCAUAUAUCACUUCAAACAAAUAGAGAAAAAAAAUAUCUUUAAAUCCAGUCGUCAUAAGCGUUUUUUGCAGUAGUGUUUAUUUUAUUUUCAUUUUUAGAUAAAAUAUACAGCAUUUAUUAAUUCCAAGCAUUUAAAUACGAAUGUUGUAUAUGUAUAUCAAGGAAAUAUUGUUUACUAUA